AUGUCUUCUGCGUUGAAGGACUCGGCCAACAACAUCUUUGUGACAACGGCCACGAUUCUUGACAAGCUCACGUACAAGCUAAGCGGGAAUGCCACCAACACGGUGGUGCCGCACAAUUCGAGCUCGGUGGCCCGGCCCCUCACACUUGCUCUGAAGCGGGACUUUGAGAGAUACAACCAAGUGUUGGACGACCAUACGCUGGACCUGAAGGAGACGGAGUUUGUGCUGCGGUAUUUGAAGGCCAAGUCGGCAAAGGAGGAGGAGCGCAAGAAGAUCCAACAGGAAGAGGCCCAGAUGAAGAAGAAGAUCGAGGAAGAGGCCGUUCGAAAGAAACAGGAGCUCGAGCAACGACAGACAGAGAUGUUCAAGCAGCAGCAGUCGAAACAGGACACGGGCGACAUGUUUGGGUCUGCGGACGAUUUGAUGAACCUGGAUCUGGACAAUUUCCAGUCGGACUUCCUGGAUUUCGGACAGCAGUCUACAGACCAGCAGCCGCAGAACGACGACAUGAUGAAGGACCUGUUUGACCUUGAAGGCGAGGGCGGCAAUGGUGGUGGCGAAGGCGCGAUGGAUUCGCUGACAGAUCUGAACCUGGACUUCCUUGACCAGCCUGCACCGCCACAGCCGCAGCCGCAGCCGCAGCAGCAGCAGCAGGCACCGCCGCAGGAGGACGACAGCGGGCUGAUGCCAACAGACCAGAUGGAAAACCUGUUUUCGCAGUUCGACGAGCUGGUCAACAGCGGCGACUUCUAA